CCGGACAAGACAGCUCUUCCGCUUUAUUUUCUGUUCUUUAAAUCUCUAUCUGUGCCGGUAUGUUUUCCCCUACAAUAUUGGGCUAUCGACAUGGCAGAGGAAAAACCAAUCGAUAACAACCCUCCUGAUCCGUCGGAUUUUCCCGACGGCGGCUGGAAGGCCUGGUCAGUUGUUCUAGGUGCUUGGUCGUGCCUUUUCUGCAGUUUUGGGUGGAUCAAUUCCAUUGGGCUUUUCCAGACCUUCUACCAGGAUGAGCUGUUUCGGUCCUACGCGCCCAGUUCAAUUGCCUGGAUCACAUCCGUCGAGACAGGAAUUAUGUACAUUACCUCGCCUGUAUAUGGCAAAAUUUACGACAAUUAUGGGCCCAAACCCCUAGUGUAUGGGGGCGCCUUUACCCAUGUCUUUGGACUGAUGAUGGCUUCGCUGGGAACAGAAUACUACCAAAUCUUCCUGGCGCAGUCAAUCUGCAGUGCCCUUGGUGCGGCAGCAUUAUUCUCGGCCGGAAUGGGACCAGUCGGCUCGUGUUCCGUGCGUGAUCUCAUCCAUCUGCUGGAGGAAACUGACCCAGGUAGAAUCAUCGUAACGCGACUAAUCCCCCGGAUUGGAUUUCCAUGGUCCAUGCGCAUCUGCGCCUUCAUGUUCCUUGGUUUGUUGCUUCUCGCGAUGAUUUUCCUGGAGCCGCGCGUGCCGCCCCAGCCCAAACCAUGGAAUAUCAAGGAUUUCCUGCUUCCGUUGAAAGAACUGGCCUUUCUCACUACGGCGAUAGGGUUGUGUCUGUUCUCCUGGGGCAUGUUUGUCCCGUUCAAUUUUCUGGUGCUCGAGGCGCAAAUGCACGGUAUGAGCCUGUACCUGGCUAACUACCUCAUUGCCAUUUUGAACGCUGUCAGUAUAUUCGGUCGCAUUAUCCCCGGCUGGCUCGGUGACCGAAUCGGGCGCUUCAACAUCGCCAUUUUGACCACGGGAACAUCGGCCAUCUUAGUCCUGGCUUUGUGGAUUGUCGCGAACCAUUCCGCUGUCACGAUUGUCUUUGCCGCAUUGUUUGGCUUUAGCUCUGGCACUUUUGUGUCCAUUACACCAGCGUUGAUCCAACAGCUAUCUGCAGUGCAGAACGUGGGGAUCCGCCUGGGGACGUGCUUCGGGAUUAUGAGUUUAGCCACCUUCACCGGGAAUCCGAUUGCGGGGGCACUCAUUGCACGCGAUGAUGGGAGCUACCUGUAUUUGAAGAUCUUCAGUGGUGCGGCUAUGGCAGCAGGGUGUGGGAUGUUGAUUGUUUCGAGGACGAUCCAAGUUGGGUUGAAUUGGAGGAAGAUAUAG